GUCCAAUGGAGGAGCGGUGGGCGGAGCUUUGUACUGUGAGAGGUUAGACGGGGCUGGACUUCUCAAACGCCGGCGGGGAUUGAAACGCAGCUGCUGCAAACGUUCCUCAGAUAGUAUUCCUCCUGCCUUCCGGUUCACCGGUUGAAUUUCACUGUGAAUCGUUACAGUGUUGGAGAAAAUGUCGAACGUCAACUGGAAGCCCUUUGUUUUCGGCGGUCUAGCUUCCGUGACGGCGGAAUGCGGGACCUUCCCCAUCGACCUAGCCAAGACUCGUCUUCAAGUUCAAGGCCAAGUAGGCGACAUAAAAUACCGAGAGAUUCGGUACAGAGGCAUGCUCCAUGCUUUAGUGAGGAUAGGAAAAGAGGAGGGGCUCCGGUCACUCUAUUCAGGAAUAGCUCCUGCUAUGUUGCGUCAGGCCUCCUAUGGUACUAUAAAAAUUGGCACAUACCAGAGCUUCAAGCGACUGCUGGUUGAUAGACCAGAGGAUGAGACCUUGCUGACUAAUGUGAUAUGUGGUGUUCUAUCUGGAGUCAUCUCGUCCUCCAUUGCCAACCCCACUGAUGUGCUGAAGAUCCGCAUGCAGGCUCAGGGAAAUGUGAUCCAGGGCAGUAUGAUGGGCAACUUCAUUAACAUUUACCAGCAGGAGGGAACAAGAGGACUGUGGAAGGGUGUCUCUCUUACGGCUCAGCGGGCGGCCAUCGUGGUCGGAGUCGAGCUACCGGUCUAUGACAUUACCAAGAAGCAUCUGAUCUUGUCGGGUCACAUGGGGGACAACGUGUACACACAUUUUGUGUCCAGCUUUGCGUGUGGUCUGGCGGGGGCUUUGGCCUCCAACCCAGUGGAUGUAGUCCGGACACGCAUGAUGAACCAGAGAGGAGUAGCUCUGUAUCAGGGAACACUGGACUGUAUACUGCAGACAUGGCGCUCAGAGGGCUUCAUGGCCCUUUACAAGGGUUUCUUUCCCAACUGGCUCCGCCUGGGACCAUGGAACAUCAUUUUCUUCCUCACAUACGAACAGCUGAAGAAGAUCAAUGUGUGACUGAGAGAACGAGCCGGGGAAGAAGAGAGGAGUAUGUGCUCACGCUCCGAGACGAGCUAAGAGGACCAAAUGGCUGGAUAGCGAUGGAUCCACUGAAUGUGGGAAGGGGGUUGAUGUAGACUCUUGUAUGAGGGUUGGCGUGAGAAUUUGCCUAAUUCCUGUUUGGGCUACACGUCUCCUAAAGCCUGUGGCAAGUGUGAAGGACACUUAUUUUUAGCUCAUCCACCCGCUAUGUGAAGCUUAACUGCUCAUUUCAAUCUGAUAAUGACCCCUUAGGUUCAUGUCACCUAAUUUAUGGGUCUGUAAAUUGGAAAGACUAACAGUCCAAGACUCUUGUUUAUUACACCUUUUUCAGCCAGAAACUGCUUUAAAAUGGCUCUAAACUCCCAAGGGGUUUCAAUCUUCUACACUUGAAGGUGGUCCCUAAAUUGAGUGCCUUAGUUUGUGAUACAGGUGGUCUGCAGUAGGUCCCAGAAUGUGGGACAACAGCUGACAAUUGCAGUGAUCGUUCCCUGGGGGUGUGUGUAAAGGUGAAAUUAUGUAUUAGUUUCCCUUGAGUAUUGACUGUUAAGAGCCAAAACUACAUCAAUGUACUGUAAUAAAUAAGUUAUAUAAACAGUCUGCCCACACAUGAGAAUAUGUGGUGAGACUAGUGGUCCCUCAUGCCAGCAACAGCAGACAGGAAAGAAAUAAGAUGGGGGUCCACUCCAUACGUUCUAGUUGUCAUUUGUUAUUAUAGACCAUUGAGACUGAUUGGGGUAUCUUAAGGGCAUCAUUUGACAAUGUUUGUUGCUCUAUGGCACUAAAACAAUGUUCCACAGUUAACUAUUUUCAUAUGCUGCAUUUGCACGUUGUAUGCUUAUCUUUGAGCUUUUGUUGUAAAGACUAAAUAGGCUGUCGUGUGUGAGGUGCCAUUGCUGCCAAAGUGUACUUUUGAUGUUGGUGUAAAAGGAUGCUGUCGGCCUGUUUAUUUGAAAUAAAAGA